CUGUGGCCGCAGCCCGCCCCCAGCCCGCCCGCCGCCUGCUUUUUCCCCACAACAUGUAAACAGUCCCCACUAAGAGUUCUCCAGGGAGCCGGAGCGGGAGAGCCGGUCAUUAAAGCAGGUCCGCCAGGAGGAGCCCCACUGUCCCGCGGAUUCCCCGGGCCGGACCCGCCGACGAAUUGGGAGGCAGGAGCCCGGAGGAAGCCCGGGCUGAGCCGAGCCGAGCGCCGCGCCGCGCAGCGCCCGGGGCGGGGAGAGGCCGCGAGCAGCGCGGGGAGGCCCGGGGAGCGCGGAGGGCAGAGGAGAGGGCAGCGGAGAGGCGGGGAUGGAUUUCCAGCAGCUGGCUGACGUUGCGGACAAAUGGUGCUCCAACACCCCCUUCGACCUCAUCGCUACGGAGGAGACGGAGCGGAGGAUGGAUUUCUACGCCGACCCGGGGGUCUCCUUCUACGUGCUGUGUCCGGACAACGGCUGCGGGGACAAUUUUCACGUCUGGAGCGAGAGUGAAGACUGCUUGCCUUUCCUGCAGUUGGCGCAGGAUUACAUCUCCUCUUGUGGCAAGAAGACCCUCCAUGAAGUGUUGGAAAAAGUCUUCAAGUCAUUCAGACCUCUGCUGGGGCUCCCGGACGUAGACGACGACACGUUCGAGGAGUACAGUGCCGACGUAGAGGAGGAGGAGCCCGAAGCCGACCACCAACAGAUGGGCGUCAGUCAGCAGUAAACUUUGGAGGGGCGUGAGGAGGACAGAUGUUAACCUCUUGGUGCCAGGUGGGGUCCUGGGCUCCUGUGUCUGCAUUUUGCCUUUGCUCAUCACCACAGGAAGUCUGACUCCUGGCAUCCGAAUUAAAAUGAAAUAUAAUUUUAACC